AUGGGCUUCACACCAGAGGUUUUCGAUAUUGCCAAUGAGUCUCAGACGGCCGAGACGGCCAAGAAGUACGGACUUACCCCAGCCGAGGUAACUGAGCUUCACCAAAAGGCAACGGCAGCAAAGGCAACAGCAUACUGCCCUUACAGCCAGUUCCGUGUGGGAGCGACACUCUUGUCUAAAGACGGACAGUACACAUCUGGAGCAAAUGUUGAGAAUGCGUCUUAUCCGGUUGGCACGUGUGCCGAGAGAGUAGCCUUUGGCAAGGCCAUCACGGAGGGCAUUCGGGGGUUCAAGGCUGUCGCCGUAGCCACCGAUAUUGAGGCUCCGUGUAGCCCGUGUGGCAUGUGCCGGCAGUUCAUCCGUGAGUUUGUGGACCUGGAAACGCCCAUUCUCAUGUUCAACAAGGAUGGAAAGUAUGCAGUCAUGAGACUGGAAGCCCUUCUCCCGCUGUCAUUUGGCCCCGAGUACCUCCCGCCCCCAGAUGUUCUGGAGAAGGCCCGGGCCGGCGGAAUCUAG